AUGCCUAGAGCAAUCCGAUUGACCUGGCCAGAAAUUACUGUAGGCUGUCCUGAACCUGAAGAAGGAGGGUUGUUGGACUUCAAAGGUGGUGGAGGAGGGGGAGAAGCCAGUGAUGGAGGGAUUUGUGGAGGAGGUUGUAAAGACUUUGGUGGUGGUGGUGGUGGUAGUAAUAGUGAUGAUGGUGGAGGGAAUGUUGGUAGUGGAGAAGGGGGUGGAUCAUUUGCUAUUGAGAGUGGAGGGGGUGGUGGAUAUGCCGUUAGAAGAGGAGGGGUUGGUGGAUUUGAUGUUAAGAGUGGAGGAGGGGAGGGGUAUGAUGUGAGGAGUGGUGGAGGAGGUGGAUAUGAUGAUGGAGUGAGGUGUUGUUGUGGAGGAGGGGGAAGAAGGUUUGGUGGUUGUGGUGUUAGAGGUGUUAGAGGUGAAGGAGGAGGAUGGUUUGAAUAUGAUAUGACAAGUGAAGGAGGGGGUUGUGAACAUAUGGUAGGACAUGAGGCACAUUCACUGAUGCACAAUGAACCACUUAAAGGGUCUUCAAUUUUUUCCUCUGAUGUCACCAUGCAUGCACACAAAGCCAGCACCAUGAAUCCAACUUUUGUGAUCCAUGGAAACAAACCUUUUUGUGUGAAUCCCUGA